AUGGGCGAUAAUAGCGACAGUAAAGUGAAUCUCUAUCCAUUAGCUUUGCUAAUGGAUGAAUUGAAGCACGAUGAUAUUUCUAAUAGGGUUGAAGCAAUGAAAAAACUGGACACCAUUGCUUUAGCCUUGGGCGUUCAAAGGACGCGUGAUGAAUUGAUUCCAUUUCUAACCGAAGUGGCUCAGGAUGAUGAAGAUGAAGUGUUUGCAGUCUUGGCUGAACAAUUAGGUAAUUUUGUGCCGUUUGUUGGAGGUAGAAAAUAUGCCACUCUGCUAUUGCCUGCUUUGGAGAUUCUUGCAUCAACCGAAGAGACGUUGGUGAGAGAAAAAGCAGUUGAUUCAUUAAAUAUGGUAGCCGAACAGUUGACUGAGGAACAAUUGCUGCAUGAUUUUGUGCCUUUGAUUGAAAAUCUUGCCACCAAUGAAUGGUUUUCUUCCAAAGUAUCAGCUUGUGGGUUGUUCAAAGCAGUUUUCGUUAGAAUUCAGGAUGAUAAGUUUAGAAAAGAUUUGUUAUCGUUGUUCUUGCAAUUGAUACAGGAUGAUACUCCAAUGGUUAGAAGAGCUGCGGGCAGAAACUUACCUACCCUUGUUGACCAAUUGACUGAGCAUCCAGAAUUGUCAACAGAUGACGAAUGGGACUAUAUCUCUAGUAUGUUCCAAAGAUUGGUCAAUGAUUCUCAGGAUUCGGUGAAAUUUUUGGCUGUUGAUGUCUUGAUCUCAAUCUUGAAAUUUUUCAAUAAGAAAAAGGACUUCACACAUACGAAGGAUCUAUUACAAUCUUCCAUUCAAUUAAUCGGGGACGAAGCAUGGAGAGUUAGGUACAUGGCUGCUGAUAGAUUCGAGGAACUUGCUUCUCAGUUCGUUUCGAAUCCACAAUAUGUCAGCGAAUUGUUAGAACCAUUCUUAGCUUUGUGUCAAGAUAACGAAAGUGAUGUCAGGAAAGCCAUCGCAAAACAAAUUCCUGGCUACGCAAAAUUGCUUAAUGACCCAUCUGUUAUCUUAAAUAGAAUUAUACCUGCUGCUCAGAAUCUAAGCAUCGAUGAAACAGAAUGUGUAAGGGCUUCUUUGGCUUUGGAGAUUACAAACUUGGCGCCUUUGCUACCAAAGCAAGACUCAAUGGAUAGUUUAGUUCCAAUACUUCUACAUAUGUUGAAAGAUGAAUUCCCAGAUGUCCGUUUGAAUAUCAUUGCCAAAUUGAAAAUCGUCAAUGAAUCUGUCGGAAUCGAAUUUCUAUCUGAGAAUUUGCUACCCGCCAUUACAGAGCUUGCUAAGGACCCCAAUUGGAGAGUAAGAUUGGCCAUUAUUGAAUAUAUUCCUCUUCUCGCAGAACAGUUGGGGAUGGAAUUCUUUGAUUCUAAACUAAGUGAUUUGUGUCUAUCGUGGUUGUGGGACGGUGUUUACUCUAUCAGAAGUGCUGCUAUCACAAAUCUAAGUAAACUAACUGAAAUCUUUGGUUCAGAUUGGGCACAAGAAGAAAUCAUUUCUCGUUUACUAAAGUCGGACACUCAACUGUUAGAAAACUUCAACUAUAGAAUCACUCUACUAUUUGCAUUAACUGGGUUGGUCCCCGUUGUCUCCACAGACGUUGUUGUCGAAAAGAUUCUACCAUUCGUAAAUCACUUAUCCACAGAUAACGUUCCAAACAUUAGAUUUAACGUUGCAAAGUUCUACGCUGUCAUCGUAGAAGCGUUAACGAAAAAUACUAAUAAGAAUCACAUUGAACUAAUCAAUAAUACCAUUAUUCCAACACUAGAAAAACUAUGUCAAGAUCCUGAUGUCGACGUAAGGUUUUUCUCUGCACAGAGUUUAGAAAAAUGUAAAUCCUUCUUGUCCUAA